AUGUCCAAGUUUAAUCCUCCGUCGGAGUUUAACUUCACGAGCCCGGGAGAAUGGCCGGAGUGGAAACAGAGGUUCGCACGCUACAGGCUGGCCACAAAACUGAACAAAGAAAAUGGCGAGGUUCAAGUCUGCUCACUUAUCUACGCGAUGGGCAGCGAAGCAGAGAAAAUCUUCGCCUCGUUCGAGUUUGCUACGGAAGACGAUAAGAAGAAUUACGAAGGGGUUCUCUCAAAGUUGGAUGAGUACUUCAUACCCAGACGCAACGUAAUACACGAGAGAGCGUGUUUCUACCAACGUAACCAACUGCAAGGGGAAAAGGCAGAGGCGUACAUAAGGGUGCUGUAUGAGCUAGCGGAGAACUGUGAUUUUAGCGAUAAGCGGGAUGAACACAUCCGUGAUAGACUCGUAGUGGGCAUUAAAGACAAAGAAUUGUCUCUGAAAUUGCAGCUCACAGCAGAUCUGACGCUGGCUCAUGUUAUACAGCAAGUACGACAGUCAGAAGAGGUUGCUAAACAGAUUAGCCUCCAAGCUAGCGGUCCCCAGCCGGAGAUGCAAGUGGCAAGCGUUUCUGCAGGAGGACGUCGCAAAGUACUACACAAAAAGCACACCCCACACACUGAAAGAGAGUCCCCAGACUGCGUUGGACAACCACUUUAUGAACUGCUCAAAACCAAAUCUGAGUGGCAGUGGGGUCCAGCGCAGGAGUCCUCCUUCCGAAGAUUGAAAUCUGCCCUGGCAUCUGCACCUGUACUUACCUUCUAUGAUGCCAACAAGCCCACAAAGGUGUCGGCUGACGCCAGCAGCUAUGGGCUUGGGGGAGUUCUCCUACAGCAACAUGGAGAAGAUUGGAAGCCGGUCGCAUAUUGCUCCAGGAGACUUCGUGAUCCGGAAACCAGGUACGCGCAAAUAGAGAAGGAAUGCCUGGCGAGCGUCUGGGCCUGUGAGCGCUUUGAGAAAUACCUGAUUGGACUAGAGACUUUCACAUUGAUCACUGACCACAAGCCCUUAGUGCCUUUAAUGAACAACAAGGACUUGGACAAUGUCCCACUAAGGUGUCAGAGACUACUGAUGAGACUGAUGCGUUUUAAUGCAGAAGCAGUGUACGCACCUGGCAAGACCUUGGCAGUGGCAGACGCGCUGUCCAGGGGUCCACUGGAACAGACCGGAGACGAGCACCUUGAAGAGGACGUGACCGUGCACAUCGGAGCAGUCCUCAGCCACUUACCAGCCACCCCCCGGAAACUACAGCAGAUAAGAGACCACACUAUCCAAGACCCCGAGUUACAGUUAGUGAAACAGCUCACUCAGACGGGUUGGUCAGAGUAUGAAAGACGGGUCCCGGAGGGUGUUAGAGGGUUUUACAAAGUGCGGGGUGAACUGUCAGUUGUAGACGGGAGCACUCCUACCACUUCUACAGGCUUCAGCCCAGCAGAGCUGCUGAUGGGCCGCAAGAUCAGAACCACGCUGCCCACCCUGUCUGCUAACCUGGAUCCGAGCUGGCCAGAUAGGAAGGAGAUGCGCUCUGCGGAUGCUGCGGCUAAGCUGAAACAAGCAUUCUACUACAACCGCAGGAAUGGUGUUCGACACUUACCACCACUGGACCCUGGAGAAGGGGUCCUGAUGAAGUUGGACAAUGAGAAACAAUGGACUACACAAGGAACGGUACAAGGUAACUGUUCUACCCCUAGGUCAUACGUUGUGGUAACGCCGGAGGGAGGUUGUUACAGACGUAACCGCCGUCACCUAUUGCGACUGCCCGCUGCUUCCAAGAAUCCAAACCCCAGCGGGUCACCGGAUGAUCCUCUGCCCGUGAGCAGCGAUGUCGGCAGCUGCAAGAAAUCAUGGAGGAGCACACUGAAGCGCACGCUUACAAACCACUGCUUAGUCAAGAGUCCCUAA